AUGAGGCUUCUGCUGCUUCUCCUGGUGGCGGCGUCGGCGGUGGCCCGGAGCGAGGCCUUGGCCAACCUGGGCUGCGUGCCCAGCAAGAGGUUAAAGAUGCAGUACGCUACCGGGCCGCUGCUCAAGUUCCAGAUUUGUGUUUCCCGAGGUUACAGGCGGGUGUUUGAGGAGUACAUGCGGGUUAUUAGUCAGCGGUACCCAGACAUCCGAAUCGAAGGAGAGAAUUACCUCCCUCAACCAAUUUAUAGACACAUAGCCUCUUUCCUGUCAAUCUUCAAACUCGUAUUAAUAGGCUUGAUCAUUGUUGGCAAGGACCCUUUUGCUUUCUUUGGCAUGCAAGCUCCUAGCAUCUGGCAGUGGGGCCAGGAGAAUAAGGUCUAUGCAUGUAUGAUAGUUUUCUUCUUAAGCAACAUGAUUGAGAACCAGUGUAUGUCAACAGGUGCAUUUGAGAUAACUUUAAAUGACGUGCCUGUAUGGUCUAAGCUGGAAUCUGGUCAUCUUCCAUCCAUGCAACAACUUGUUCAAAUUCUUGACAAUGAAAUGAAACUCAACGUGCACAUGGAUUCAAUUCCGCAUCAUCGAUCAUAGCCCCACCUAUCAGCACUGAAAACUCUUACAU